AUGCUCACCCCGACAUGCUCACCACACACCGACACGCUCACACACCCCGACACGCCCCACACCCCGGACACGCCCACGCCCACACCCCGACACGCCCACGCCCACACCCCGACACGCCCACACCCCGACACGCCCACACCCCGACACGCCCACCACCCGACACAACAUUUGACACACCACGAGGAUAUAGAUAUCAGGACAUACGCUGUGACAAGCCAGAUAAACAUUACUGUCACCAGGGAAGAUAAUGGCAUCGAAAUUAUCUGCAGCGUGGACCAGGAGAGCCUAGACCCCAAGGAUUUUCAAACAGCACAGAGGAUUGAGGUCAAGUACACUCCCAGCGUUGAGAUCCGAGCCUCCAAAGCAGUCCCAGAGGAGGGAGAGCCUUUCACACUCCGAUGCAUUGGCAGAGGCAACCCAGAGCCCAGCGUGUUCACUUGGAUCCGAUUUAAUGGAGAGCUGUCGGACAGGGCCAUUCCCAGGAGCGAGAACCUGACCUUUAACUUCCUGAACAAGAGCGACGCUGGGAUGUACCAAUGCUCUGCCAGGAACAUCGUGGGCAUCGGCUUCCGGAACUACUCCCUGACUGUGCAUGGGCUCCAGACGCCCCCAGCAACCAAUGUGACCUCCCCACCCGUGAUCGCCAACGAAUCAACCUCAAGCCCCACGGACAAAGACCCUCUCUCCCAGCUGACCCAAUCCAGCAUUGACCACGCAGUAAUCGGUGGCAUUGUGGCUGUCAUUGUGUUCAUCGUGCUCUGUCUCUUGAUCAUCAUGAUCCGCUAUCUGAUUCGACACAAGGGAACCUACCUCACGCACGAAGCAAAGGGAUCAGACGGCGCUCUGGACGCAGAUACAGCCAUUAUUAAUGCGGAGGUCGGUCACUCAAGCUCAGAGGAGAAGAAAGAAUAUUUCAUUUAGAGGGGCUGAGUGGCCUCCAGCAGGAGUGAGGGUGGAGGGGACGCAGUGCGGGUUAGGCAUGGUGGGGGUCAGGGUUGGGGGGAUGCGGGGAGGGAAUCAUGAGAGAGAGGUGCCUGGCCCGAACACUGCCCCCUUUCCACCUCCUCCUGCGGGAGUGAACAGCAAGAUCCCACUGAAGACCUGCUUGAUACCACAGCUCGCUAAGCCUGCUCCCCCCUGCCCCCUUCCCCCGCCCCUGUUUCUCCCCCGGCUUCGAGACUAUUCUCCAUUUCUCCCGGUGAACAUACAGCAUUGACCUCCCUUGACCCCAGCCCCACACUCCAAACAAUAUCGCUAGGAUGGCCGUUGACCAAGAUGGACGGAACAGAGGUUGGGCCCCGGUCUACCUUGGGCCGGGGGGGUGGAGGGGGGCGUUGGGGGAUUGGCCCAUUGAUCGAUCGGGCCUCCCUCCACAAAAGCCCUGCCCGCGCCCCCCGCCCACCCCACCCAAUCCCCAAUUUACCUCCCUGUCCCUUUCACUGCCCCAACUCCAAAAUUCACUUUAGACCAAUGAGAGAGAGAGCAAUGGGACGGGGUUGGGGGUGUCGGGGUCGGGGGGGGGGGGUGCAGUGUAGCGGGAGCUUUACUCUGUUUCUAAACCCGUGCUGUCCCUAUCUUGGGAAUGUUUGAUGGGGGGACAGUGUAGAGGGAGUUUUACUCUGUAUCUAACCCCGUGCUGUCCCUGUCCCUAGGAGUGUUUGAUGGGGGACAGUGUAGAGGGAGCUUUACUCUGCAUCUAACCCCGUGCUGUCCCUGUCCCUCUGUCCCUGGGAGUGUUUGAUGGGUGGACAGUGUAGAGGGAGCUUUACUCUGUACCCAACCCUGUGCUGUCCCUGUCCUGGGAGUGUAUCUAACAAGCUCCACCCCUCACUAUGGAGAGAGUGUUCAGGAACAUACCCUGCCCCUCCCCAAACCCCCGAACUCCCGCACUCCCUCCGUUGUAAAUAUGAAAACUGUGUUUCUGGUUUUUCCUGUCUGUGGAGUGUCUAUCUGAGUUGUAUAAAAUUAUCUGUGUCUGUUUUCUGGAUGAUCGGGGUAUUCCAAGCGAUUGGGGGGUGGGGGGUGUGGU